AGGUUCCAGGGCGGAACCUUUCGCAAGCGGAAGUUGUUUCGGUCGGAAGGCUCUUGUUGCUCGCGUGUAGAAGUUUCUGGCAGGGGUAGUUCCGGUGUGUACGGAAGGGAUACAAAAUGGGUCGCAGCCGGAGUAGAUCCCCUGAAAGGCGGCGAGAACGCAGGCGUUCUCGAUCCGCUUCACGGGAGCGAGAAAGGAGGAGGAGAGAGCGCUCUCGAUCCCGAGAAAGACGUAGGAGCCGCUCACGAUCCCCACACAGACGCCGCUCUAGGUCUCCCCGCCGUCACAGGUCUUCCUCCAUUUCUCCUGGUAGGCUGAAGGACAGACGUGAUGAUGACAAGAAAGAUUCUAAGGAAUCUAAAGGUGCAAAGGAACGUCAGAUAGCAGCGGAAGAUCUUGAAGGGAAGACAGAAGAGGAAAUUGAAAUGAUGAAGAUGAUGGGCUUUGCUACAUUUGAUACCUCCAAGGGAAAGAAAGUAGAUGGAUCCGUUAAUGCAUAUGCCAUAAAUGUUUCUCAAAAGCGAAAAUACAGGCAGUACAUGAACAGAAAAGGAGGAUUUAACAGACCCCUGGAUUUCAUUGCUUAAGGUGUAAGACCGUCAUGGUUCCAGUUACACAAGAUGUACAGUAUGUAAACUCAGAGAUUGAAAGGUGUCAUGGCCCACAAACUGAGCUGCAUUUCACAGCCAGCAAAGCAUUCUUAUUGGAAGUUUAUUAGCAUGUGUUUGUGUGUGGCCCAGCGCAUCCCAUCCUAGAAAGCAUUUCCUGGCUUUCACACUGCUGAAGAAAGCACAGCUUGGAAAAUAGAGCCCUUUGUGUUUUUUUGCUCCUAAGGCUUGGACUAGUUGCCCCCCAUACACAGUUAGGCAUGGUAAUAGUUUGGUGAUACAUAUGAGACUAGUUGGAGUGUCCCCACCCUAAUCACUCAUGUUUUGUGUUUUAUUACUGUCAGAAAUAAUGUGGUGUAAAUAAACUGUGACUGAUCUGAAUCUUUUUAUAAAAUGUGUGAGACAAA